AUGCCGCGCGCCGACUAUGAGUUCGGCGCCCAGCUGGGCCGCGGCAGUUUCGGCGUCGUGUUCCGGGUCCGCAGGAAGUCGGACGGCAGGGCGUUCGUUUGCAAGCAGAUCCAGCUCAAGGGGAUGGAGAAGCGGGCCCGCGACGAGGCCGACCAGGAGGUGAAGUUGCUGCGGCGCGUGUCCUCUGGCAGCGACUACAUCGUGCAGUACGUGGCGUCCUUCCUGGAAGCCGACUCCCUGCACAUGGUCAUGGAGCUCUGCGAGAACGGCGACCUGAGCCAGUUCCUAAAGUCUCGGGCGGGCCGCCUCGUCGAGGAGCGUACAGUCUGGAAGUUCACCAUCCAGAUCGCCCUCGGGCUCCGCCACUUGCACCGGCACAGGAUCCUCCACCGGGACAUCAAGAGCCUCAACGUGUUCCUCACAUCGGCCGACGACGUGCGCCUGGGGGACCUCGGGGUGGCGCGGGUGCUAGGGCACAACACCCAGUUCGCGCACACAUUCGUGGGCACCCCCUACUACCUGUCGCCCGAGCUGUGCGAGGAACAGCCCUACAACGAGCUGAGCGACGUGUGGGCCUUCGGGUGCGUCGUGUACGAGAUGUGCGCGCUGCGGCACCCGUUCGAGGCCAAGAACCACGCAGCUCUGUUGAUAAAGAUCCUGAACGGCCGCUACGCGCCAAUCAGUACCUCCUUCUCGGACGACCUGAGAACCCUGAUCGACGGCUGCAUGCGCCGCGAGUGGCGGGAUGACGGCAGCAGCAAGCGCCGCACUAGGCUGGCGGAGCUGCUGGCGAGCGCCCCGCUGAGGCAUUGGUCCGAGACCCUCGCCAUCCCAGUGGAUGAGCCGUCCACCGAGGACGACGCGGCCGCGCCCGAAGGGCCCGGGAGGAGUUCAUGGAAUCGCUCAGAGUCCAGGAAGCAGGCCGCCAAGAACAGGAGUUCCUGGAAUCCCUCAGAGUCCAGGAAGCAGGCCGCCGUGUAUAUCCAGGAGCACACCCUCAGCAAGAAGCAACAGGCCAUCGCCGACUCCGUGCUAGAGCUCCCGCAUUCCGAAUCCCGCGACCACGAAUCCUUCGGUCUGCCGCCAGAGGACCCCGAUAUGAGGAAGCUUUGGACGAGGAGCCUUCAACAGCGGCUCGGUCGAGUCGCCGACCAGAUCCACGGCGCGCAGUCGGCCAAGGUCGACGCCAGCAAACUCAUCACGGAGGCCUCGGUGAUCAAGUGCAUGUUGGCGAUGGCUACUGACCCACACGUACGGCUUCAACACUACCGCUCUCAGAUCGAAGCGCUGGCAAAAGAAGAGAAAGACAUCUCGGAGAAAACGGAAGCUCUGAAAGCCAAGGCGGACUUCAACACCCAGCUCAUCGCAGACCUGAAGCGCCUCGUCACGGAUGUGAAGCUCGAGAAUGCCGCCGAAACCGACGCGGACUGCGAAGCCGACUCUGAGGACGACCAGAAGCAGUACAAAACCAGGAGAGCCGAUGCCCCAUUUCGCCGCCGGGCCAGCCGAGAGUCUCCAUUUUCGCGCUCGAGCAGGCCGGCCUCACCAGCACCCAGCAUCGCGGAGCAGCUCAAGCAGAAGGAGGAAGAAGCGUGCCGAGGGAGGAGCAAGCAUGUCCAGAUCGCCAACGCCGGGCUCCGCAAGAAUACCGAAAAGUACGAAGAGGAGGUCGAGUCCAUGCGCCAGCGCCUCGCCGAGAUGAAGAUGCAAAGCCACGACAGGCUCGAGCACCACGAGCAGGAGCUUUCCCAGAAGGCACUGAACGCGACGGAGCAGGCCAUGUCAAGGGGCAACAAGUCACUUCGCCGUCAGGAAGCACAGCAAGAACGCGAGUUCCAGCAGCUGAAAGAGCUUGUCCACCAGAUCUACGUCGAGAAGAUGCAGCACGAAACGCAGAGGCUGGAGAACAACGAGCGCGCGAUGAGGUACGACCUGGAGCGCCAGAAGAUCACGCGCGAUCAGAAGCGCCAGGAGGCCUACGCCAUGCUCGACGCCAUCCGCGCGGGCCAGAGGAUCAAGCAGAUGAACCAUCACCGCCACCUCGAGGAGCAGGCCGUACACACCAUGGCAACCCAGGAGAUGCAAAGGAAAAACGAGAUCGCCGCGCAGAUCGCGGAGGCCCAAGCAGACCUAAAGCGAGAGGAGAUCCAGCAAGAGCAAGUGCUUCACCAGCAGUCGGCCAUCGCGGCCACGCAGCUCUUGGAGGAGCACUCCGCGGUCCAGAAGGAGCGCGAGGUGGUUCAUCAGCAGGAGGAGCUCCAGCUCGAGGCGCAGCGCCACAUCCAGAAAAAGCACGACCAGCUCGAGGCCAAGGAAGCAGCGCGCCAACGAGCAACCCUACAGCACCAGCUCUUCUUCAACGAGGCCCAGCAGUUCCUGGAGAGAUACGGCCAGUACGAGGCGGAGAUGCACCAGCAGCAGCAGAUCGCCGACACGGAGCUACGAGCCGCACUGGCACAGCGACAAGCACAGGGCGUGCAUCACCGCGAACAGCUGGCCCGACAGCAGGAAGAGCACCGUGUGCACCACGUGCUCCUUGAGAAGACCUUGAGGGAGCAGCUCGACAGCACCGCGCCCAGGAUCGACGCGGACACGCUCGACAGCGUCGCCAGCGCCUUCACCACGGAAACCGAGAAGCAGAAGAUGCAAGUGCAGGCACUGCGGGGCGAGAGCAUCGUCGACCGUUCCGCGGAGCUCGGCCACAACGGAACGUACCCAAUGACGCAGCAGCUCGACCAGGCCAUCGAUCAGCACAGCAACCCGCCAGCGCGCAAGGUCCGCAUCCUGGACGACGGCGAUGGAUUCGACAAUCCACUGGACCGUAGGCGCUUCAACCCUGAAGGGCAGGAGGGCAGCUCGGGCUCAGGAGCAAAUAUCCACCUCUUCACCGACGGCUCCAAGCACCCGAAGCAGCCGAGUGACGAGGCCUGGUCCGUAGUGAUCGUCGGCGACGACAACCGCGGCUUCAGCUUCCAGGGAGCCAUCGUCGGAAAGCACAAGAGCGGCACCGACAUCGCCCUUAAGGACAACAGCGACCACGAGACGACCUCCACGAACGUCGAGAUCACCGCCCUAAUCUGGGCCUUCGCAUGGGCGCUCCACUACAACCCCGACGGCAUCACCACGAUAUUCACGGACUCGCUCGGUGCCCUGCAGCUCGCGAAGAGGCUCGCCUUCACCGCCCACGACCCCAACCUCGUCAGGACUCUCUGCAUUCUCUACGACAUGGUCAGCCCGAAGAUUGACCUGCAGCACGUCCACGCCCACGAGCACAAUCCGUGGAACGAGGUUGCCGACGCCGCCGCCAACCACGGACGCCUACGAGCAGUUCCAGUGCCCCGGCCCGAGUGGGCCAGCAUCAUGGACGGAGCAGUCCAGCGAGACUGGGGGCUCUUGCCCGACGCAGACCCCAACACCCGAGAGGCCUACACCGACUUCGGCCACGGCAGCCUCGCCGCCAGCAGGGUCGAGACGACCGCCGAGGCCCGACACUUCCACAAGCCCACCGAGUCCAGCGACAGGAAGACCGAAGUCGAGAUCAACAUCGCGACCUUCGACAUCCAGUCAGGGCGGGAGCCCAAGGAAGGAGCGAAGCGAAGAAAGGAGAACAUCAACAAGCUCAAGCCCACGAUGGCCAGCCUGUGCGAUGAGGACCUCCACAUCGUCGGUAUCCAGGGGGCCAGGGCGCCCUGGGGCGUGCGCGACGUGAAGCAGGGCGACGAGGCCAGAUGCGCCAACGCCAGCAGCUACCACUUCAUCUCUAGCGGCCACAAGGGGUUCAACUAUGGCUGUGAGCUGCACGUCCUGCUCAGCAAGCCUCACGGCAAGUGCGGCAAGAAGGAGUUCCACUUCAAACCCGACCAGUUCACCGUCAUCGAAAAGGACCCCAGGCUCCUCAUCGUCCGCGUCGCGGCCCCUGGCUUUAACCACGUGUUGGCCGCCGCCCACGCUCCGCGCUCGAAGGCCCUCGGGCCCGAGAAGGUUCGCUAUUGGAAAAGCUCACCGAGGACAGGCAACAUCACCAGCGCGGCCAUCGGCGACCAGGGCUUCAAGCAGAACGAGGGCCCCAACGGCCGCCGCCUUCAUGAGCUUCUACUGACCACCCCCCUCGCGGCCGCCAAUACCUUCGUCAGCCACGGGCCAGGGCGCCACACAUGGCAUUCGGACAAGGACCCGCACCGCAUCGACUACGUUACUAUCCCCGAGAGUUACCUCGACUCAGAUCCAGAAACCAAGGGCGACCACUACCUUGUCAAGCUGCAGCUCGCCUACGAGAUCGUCUCGUCCGUCACUAAAGGCGUUCCGAAGCUAGACGAGAGCAAGCUCGCCGACGAAGGGCGCCGCAAGAAGUUCCGCCGGGGGCCCAGCGCAGUUCAGCACCCGCCCUGGGCCACCAAUCUUAACGAGCACCUCGCCACCGUCACUGAGAAGAUCACGAAGGCCGCCUAUGAGUGCUUCCGAUCCCACGGCCGCACCCCACACAAGCCCUACAUCACCAGGCGCCCAUUCGCCCUCCUGAGGGCUCGCCGCUCGCUGCUCAAGACGACGCGGAUCGCCGAGAAGAGCGGGGUCAUCAGCUACUUCGGCGCGAAGAGGCUCCGCUACACGGCCAAGCUCAUCGCGAAGGGCGCCCUGCUACCUGACCCCGCCGACGCGGGACUCUUGGCCGACCUAAGCGACUACGCGAAGCUCGCGGCAGCCCCCCUCGUCUUCAGCACUCCCAGCCUCGCGACUAGCGCCGAAGCAGCUGGCGCAGCCAGCGCCGCGGACAAUGCCCAGCACUACUUCGACGCCCUCGUUCAGUUCCUCAGGACUUCCAAGCCCACCCUCCAGAAGUGGAUCACGAGAGAUCGCGACGCCUUCCUCGGGAAGACCGCCGAAGAGAUGAGCACCGCCAUCGACGACCACGCCCCGCGCGAGGAGGCUUUACACGCCAAGCGGCUCCUGGCCUUCGGAGGACGGAAGCCCAAGAAGCCGCCGACGCCCCUCAUCCGCAGCAACGACGACGGCAACCCCUUUACGACGAAGAGCGAGAUUGCCGACCACGCCCUAGACUACUACGGCAAGAUUGAGCAGGCCAUCGCCACGGACGCCGACGGAGUGGCCGCAGACUACAACAAGCGCACCAGCAGCGAAGGACGCAGAGGCAGCCCCGACCAGAUCACCGACGACAUGUCCAGAGCCGACCCCGAAGGGAUGGCUCGUCUGCUUCGCCCCGUCCUGGCCAAGAUCCACUUCGAGAGCACUGAGCCGAUCGCCGCCAAGGGCGGGUACCCCACGCACUUCCACAAGGGCCAGGGGGGCAUGGAGCAACAGAAAUCCUAUAGCGGCAUCCUGCUCAACAACACCAUCAGUAAGAUGCACAGCGGCUUCCUCCGCUCGCGCGUGAAGGGCCUGUUGCUCGAGCCCCUAGAAGCGACCCAGUGCGGUGCCCGACCCAAGAUGGCGACGGACUUCAUCACCCACACCAGCCUCGCCUUCAUCAGCGACUGCCAAAAGAGAGCCAGAUCCUGCAGCAUCACCUUCCUGGACCUUCGGGAGGCCUUCCACUCAGUCAUCAGGGAGUCCUGCAUGCAGCUGCCGACCUCCGCCGACGAGCUCAACGACCUCAUCGAACGCAUUGAGACCCCCGACUUUCUUAGACCAGCGCUAACGGAACGACUCCAGCAGCCUGCCUACAACAACCAGCACAUCGACGACGAGCACCACUGCCACAUGAUCGCGGACCACCACGCCACCAACUGGAUGACAGCCAAGAGCGCCCAGCACUACCAGCUGCCUCGGAGCAGCACCAGACCUGGAGUGCCGUACUCCGGCGUCGCCUUCAACACCUACCUCGCCAUCAUGCUCAGGGCGAUCGACCAGGCCGCCUUAGCGGGCGAGGCCGACGGCCAGCCGACAGGUGGCCACGAGAUCGAGGCCUGGGGCGCACCGCUCUUCUCCGCGGCCCCCCACGAUGGAAGUGCGCUCAGGAACGUGUCCUUCGUAGACGACCUCGCGGACUAUAAUUCCUCCGGAAACGCCUGCGACCUGCUCCAGACGACGACCCUAUCGGCCACCAGGCUCUGCACGGCAGCGUUCCAGCACGGCCUGAAGCCACGCCCCGACAAGACCAAGGCCAUCCUCAUGCACUACGGCGCGGGAGCCAGGAAGGAGAAACAGCGAAUCGCCAAGGAGGGCAUCACCCACCUCGAGCUGGAAGGCCUCUCGAUCAAGGUGCAGCUCGUGAUCCAGCAGAAAGCCCUCGGGACCAUCAUCGCGGCGGGUGGGGCAAUGGGGCCCGAGAUCUGCCUAAGGGUCAACCGCGCGCUCGGAGCAGCCCGGCCUCUCGAGAAGCAGAUCCUCCGCCGCAAGAAGCUCUCGAAGAAAGCCAAGGUGAAGCACGCCCACUCGCUCUCGACAUCCUCGGUGACCUACAACCACCACGUCUGGAGCGACCUGGCUCAGAAGGACUUCAAGCACAUCGCCGCCAAGUACAUGGGACCAUACCGCGUGGCAGCCUCCCUGCCCAAGACCAACUCGCCUGAUCAACGCAUCGCCGACGCCGAGGCGGUCGCCAGGACGGGCGUCCCCGACUUCAGCACCCACCAGACGGCAGCACGCUUGCGAUACCUACCACGACUGCUGAACCACGCCCCGGCCGCACUACUUCAGCUUCUCGAUGGCCAGCGCCAGCGAAAGGGCACCUGGAGCCGCCAGCUCAAGAAAGACUUCGAUUCCACCGAAAGUACCUCCCGCGAGAAAGAAGCCCAAGCUAUUCACGCGGUCAAGGCGGCGGUGAAGGCCCACCUGCUCCACGCGCGCGACCAGGCUCAGAACGCCAAGCUCCAGAAGGACAUCCAGAUGCUCCCUGCAGUGGCUCCGACAGACGAGCUCGACCAGCACGACGGCACCAACAACCAGAAGCACGUUUGCUACGUUUGCGGCCGUAUCGCCACUAAGCAAGGCAUGGCCGUCCACACGGGCAGGGAUCAUCCCGACCACACGGACCCGCGCUUCUGGGCUAAUGGCACUGCAUGCCACUGCUGCCAGACCGAGCACCACACGCUCCCGAGGCUCAUUAAGCACCUCUCGGUGGCCCACCGCUGCCGCAAAUCCUGGUACGCCUGGUACCACCAGACGAUGGAGCCUCUGACAGAGCAGCAGAUCGCCGCGAAUUUCAACGCCAUCGUCGAGGCCACGACCGCCAACAAGAAGCAAGGACGCCACUCGACCUUCAGCGACAAGCCAGCCUACCAGCGCGAUGUCACGCCGCUGCCGCUCCUGGAGACGUCGCCCGUGGCACCGAAAGUAGUCGCCAGGCUUGAGUCCUCGCCCAGCCUGCCUCCUGUGAGCACGUCUGCUGGCCCAGCCGCGCGCCAGGAGGUCGUCUUCAUCACCGACCGCCCUCGGCCGGCCGCUGACCUCCAGCAGAUCAUGGCCAACAGCGGGCUCACAUGCAGCAGCGGCCUGGACCACAGCUCGAUCUCGACCCACAGCGACGGCCAGUCACCAGCACCACCACAAGAACUUCGGCGAGUACAACAGAAGAUCCUGCACGGCGAGAUCGCGGCCAUCUACGCGGAGUUCCCACGACGGACCUGGCACCGCCACGACACAAGCGACGACCUGGGCAACAGGGCCAGCAGACGGCGCACCCCAGAGGCUCCCUGGGGACCGCCAGACACCUCCGAGACUAUCGCCAACGAGAUCUUCGCCGCCAACAACGCCACCAGAGAGGUCCUGCGGAUGCUCUUCGCAGCGACCACCGCCCGCGCCUCCUUCGUCGCCGCCCUCGCGCAUCUCGCCAAGCAGAUGACGGUCAGCGAGACCACGGCACAGCACUACGACCUCGGCGCCACGCAGAUCCUCGACAACGGCCUCCGCGACGACCUGCGAAACAGAGUGACGACAGCAAACGCUGCCGAGAUCGAUUUUGCCAUCGCCGACCUGCUCGACUGCAACAUCGUGGCCAGAUGGGGUCUCAGAACAGCUAGCGCAGCGCCGACCAGCCAGAACCUGAACAUCUUCGACGCGUACUACGUAGACUGCGAGGAAGGCCUAAGGCACUGCCCAGUCGGCCAGGGCAUAGGGAGCGACGGCGUCGACCGCAUCGUCGACGCCAGCCAUCGACCCUGGCACGAGAAGAAGACGUGGCCGCCCUCCGGGCCCAGCUCGGCCGGGGGCGCCGGCGCCGCCGGGGCCGCCGACGGCGGCGGCGCCACCGCCCGCGGCGCGGCGCCGCGCGUGCGGAUCGGCGGCGCGGAGGAGCGCCGCCGGGCCGCCAUGGAGGUGGCCGAGCUCCCCGACGUGGUUGUGCCGCUGCGUGCUGGCCGAGGGCCCCGGAACGUGCCGUCGGUGCACCAGUUGAGGCGGCUGGAGCAGGAGGCCGAGGACGCGGAGGCCGAGGGCUCCACGAUGCUGCCCCGGGAGGCAGAGGGGCGGCUGCGGGCCGCGGAGGGGGGGGAGGCCGAGGGGGAGGCCACGAUCUUGCCCUUCCGCGCGCCGCCGCGGGCGCCCGCGGCGCCCGCGGCCCCGGAGGAGGAGGAGGCCGAGGAGUUGGAGGAGGAGGAGGCCGAGGAGGUGGAGGAGGAUUACGACGGAGAGUCCUUCGAGCACGACCUGGAGGACUCGAGCAAGGCAGACCUUUGCAAGCAGAAGCCGUUGGAGCUCCGCGCGGCUUGA